AACCCUUUAGGGGACCAACAAGUGUUUAAGGUUUUCAACAAUGGCCGAAAAUGCUGGAACGAGUGGUACUACUUCAAACAACGGCAACAGUGUCGGCUUCAAAGAACAAGACCAGUUACUUCCCAUAGCUAACGUCGGUCGUAUAAUGAAACAAAUCCUCCCCCCAAAUGCAAAAAUCUCGAAAGAAGCCAAAGAAACUAUGCAAGAAUGUGCUUCAGAGUUCAUUAGCUUCGUCACCGGAGAAACAUCGGAAAAGUGCAAGAAAGAACGGCGGAAGACCGUCAACGGAGACGACAUUUGUUGGGCUUUAGCUACACUAGGCUUGGACGAUUACGCUGUGCCGUUGAAAAGAUACUUGCUUAGGUAUAGAGAGCUUGAAGGUGAACAUAAACCAGCAGCAAAUCAUGAUAAGGUCGCCAUUGUUGAUAAUUGCAACGUUGAAGAUGGUGAUAAUAUGGGGCCAUUGAUUUGAAGGUUCAUAUAGGGCGGAUAUAGGGGUUUACUUAAAACGAAAUAGCGUUUAUUUAUUUAGAUUUUGGGUAUUUGGUUUUAGACUUUCAUUUGUUGAGUUUUGCUUUAAUUUCAUGUAUGGAGUUUUAUUUCUUUCUUUCAUCAAUUAGUUGAACAUAUAUCUUAUAGCUUUUGGGAAUCAGGAGAGGAAACUAAAUUUAUAUUCUUUGAUUCUUUUAGCUAGUAGAAUAAUUUUAUGAUUGAAUUUUUAAAUUGUUGAUGUGCUUCAGCUCUGCCAAGAGCUCAUAGCCCUAAAGGUUGAAUCGUGAAAUCUUUGAGCAA